UCGUGUUCGAUGUGGUAUUAAAACUAUUGAAAGGCGUAUAUUUCUUAUAUAAAUUUGUGCAUGUAAUGAUUUUCAAAUAUAUAGAACUUUCACUUGUUCACUUAUUUCGUACGAAAUGAAUUUACCUGUGUUUCUAACACUAUUUAUUAGUGUUUCGCAAGUGAUGACAUUGCCUGUUGGCUUAUCAGACCAAAUAUACAUAAAACCAGAAGGAAGCCCUAGAAGAUUUGAAGAUUGGACAGAAUCUAGAGGUAUUUCAGGACAGGAAUUAGUUUUCAUUGGUCCCAAUGAUGUAGAUGACGGCAUAGAGAUGAAUUCAUACCGUGGAAACGGGUAUGGCCUAUUUAGAAGGAAUCGAAGGAAUGGUGGUCAAUUAUUGGCAAAGUGUCGACAACAGAAGCCUUUCCUUUCAGCACUUAUUUGCAGACAUUUGGUCCAAAAUUGAUGAGAAAACAAAACAGAUCGAAACGUUUGUUAAUUUAGGACAUAAUUAUAUUAUCAAAUAAAGUUUGAAUUUGA